GGUCAGAUUAGUCCUCACCUGCUUCACUUCCACAGAACUGCCAUCAAAGUGAACCAGCACAGGACUCUCAGAUGACCUGCUACACAGCUUUGUUUUUAAAAUUACAAGGCAAAAGAAGAUGGAGAACAAAGACAGUAGGAUGACAACUGAAUGGAACUCAACAAUGGAAAACAGAACGCAAUCAGAUAGCAAACAAACAAGAACUGACAUGAAAACCCAAAAAGAAACUAUAAAAAGACAAAGGCAACUGAUAUGUCAAGUAAUGGAGGAGAUCGAACAACUCUGGAGACAGACAGAAAGAAAAAGAAAUGAAAUUGACUUCUUAAAGACAAAGACAGAGGGGCAACAGGAAAACACUGAGAGACUGACAUCUGAAAAAAACAAACAGCACCUACUAUUAAAGCAAUUUAACUUCCAAAUAAAAAAUAUAACUGAGAAACUCAAAGAAAGCAAAAAUUCAGUUGCUAACGAAAAAACAAACCUUCUGAAAAUGUGGACUAAAAUAUACCAAGAGAAGGAUACUCUGGACAGAAGACGUCAUUACUUCAUCAAUGAGCGACACAGGCUAGACAGUAUAAAAGCUAGUAAGACAGAAUCACCAAUAAGGGAGGAACCCAAAGAGCUCCUUAAGCAGGUAAAGCAGGAACUGGAUAUACUGGAGAAUGCAACUGAGAAAAACAGGGAAAUAAUGGUUGAAGUAAAGAAAGUUAAAGAAAAAAUGGAGAAAACUAAAGCAAACAUACAGCAAGCAUUAAAAAGAAAUAAAGAGGACAUUUCAAAAAACAGUGAACAAAUUAACCACAUUAAACAUAUUAUGUAUGUAAAGAUCAACAUGGUCAAGCACAGAUGGGCAAGCAUUAUAAAACAGGCUGAAAUGAAGAAAAUUCACAUGUAUAAAGAAGGACAGAGAGAAAGAAAAGAUGGAAAAGCCACAUUUGACACAGUGAAGAGAAAAAUGUGUAGAAUCCAGGAAGAGAUGGAGAAACUUUGGGAUGUGCUGGAAGACAGUGAACAACAACUGGAAGUGACUCAAAGUGCAAAGCAGCAGCUAAUGGCAGAGAACAAUCCCGUGAACAUCAAGAUGAAUAUUAAUUAUCCAAAGCAACAAGCUUCAGAUCUAAGCUUGAAAGUGACACACAUCCAGUCUGAAAGAGAUGACUUAAAGAGAGUUAAAAUGAAACUAAAGACAGGAAGGGAAAAUGUAGAAAAAGACAAGCCAAAUACUUACAUGCAGAAUUUGAUCUCUGAGGAAGAAGAAAACAAUGAGGUGCUUUGUAUCAAGAGUGAAGAAACAAAGCAGAGCACGAGGGACUUUACAGAAGUAAAGGCUCAAACCAAAUGGACAAAUUUUCGAGAAAAGCAAAAAAGAAGGGAGCUUGAGCAUCUGCUCGAGAAGAUAAUGAAAGAGAGGGAUGAGUUAGAAAUCAUGAAGAGAAAAAUACAGCGACAAAAGGAAGGGGUUGAACAAAAACUGGAAAAUACUGUCACUGAGAUGAAAGGUAAAAUAGAAAAAACUGGUGCAGAAAUUAACAACACUUGGGAGAAAAUGCGGAGAACCCAAAGGGAGAUGAGUAAGAACGAGGAAGAAGCCAAGAACUAUAUGGAAAACCUAACAACCAUGAAAGCUUGGGUCAACAAAUGGAUAUCGACACAAUCUACAAUCAAAUAUACUUUUUCGGUGAAUGCAUCCAAACUUCAAGAAUCACAGAAAGAAAUAGACACAGACUCCCUCGAGGAUCAAACAUCAGCAAUUCCAAAGGACAAAAGGGGGACAGAAAAUAUAACAGAUACAACAUCAUUACAAAAUUCUGUAACAUUAGAUGAUCAGCAUCAAAAUAAAAAAAUUAAAGAACAACAGAAGGAGCAUUUUGAAUCCAAACAUUGUUUUGCAGAAGGCAAAAAUGGGGAGCAGGACUUUUGCUUACAGAUGCGAACUGAAAUUCAUGAAGAAGCAGUGCAUGAUAAAACUGAAUUACUGAUAAUUGUAAGAGAAAGGGAAGAAGUGGAAAAACUGAUAUGUAACCUAAAGCAGCAAGAGGGGGAAAUAAAGGAGCAAAUAAAGUACACUGUUGAUAACAUGAAAGAAAAAACUCAAGACAUCAAAAGGCUCAUUUUGGAAAUGAAUGACCUGCAGAGGGCAGACACUGUAAUUACAGUCGGCGAAACUGAAAAUGCCCAGGAAGUAUUAACUAAGCUGUUGGAAGAAACUGAACAGAGAAAGAUUUUGAUGGUGAACACCAAAGUUUUCAAAAAUGAAAUAAUGAAAUAUGAAGUACAAGAGGAGGACGAUGCCAAAAAAAUAAAACAAGAGUCUAGCUUGAUAAGACUUGAUAUUAACAAGCAAAAACAAAUUCAGAAAUCAGGAGAAGAGAUGAAAAAAUAUGUUGAACACACAGAUGAAAAUAAAAAGGACAGAGGAGCCGAUGUACAAAGACUCAGGGCAGAGAUUUACAAAACACAAGAGAUUAUAAGAACGCUAAGAGGAGGACUUGAGAACCUAGCGGAAAAAAGUAACAUGGACAAAGAUCAAAAGAAUGAAGGCAGUGAAAUUGAAGGAUUGCUAAAAGACAUCAAACAGUUUCAAGAGUUUUUGGAAAUUGUAAAAGCCACAAUAAAGCAAAGUGAAGUAUAUAUGACAGAAGAAAUGAGCAAUAUGAAAUCAAUUAAAACUGCAGUGAAAAAGAAGAGAAGAGAAUUAGAUCAAAGGUUAGAAAAUACUUCAAAAGAGAGAGACAGAUUAGACAUCUUUAAAAUAAAAAUGCAGAGGCAAACUGAACUGAUUCGGCAGAAUUUAGAAAAAAUGGCAAAAGUUAAGAGCACAAUCGAGAAAAUAGCCACUCAGACCAGAAGGAAAAUUGAAGAGAUAGAAAUUAGUAUGAAGGAGACUGAAAUAAAACUAAGACAGUUUAAAGACCUUGACUACAUUAACCUUAACUUAACAAAAGGCGCAAAACCAGACAUGGAACAUGGUACUACACCUAAGCAAAGAACUGCUCUUGAAAUUUUCAAGACUGAAAUUAGAAAGACAAUGGACAAUAAAAGAGAUAAACUGACAAAAACCAAAAUGGACAAAGAAACUGAGGGAACAGAAAUCCUCAAACAAGUUAAAGAGAAACUGGAUGAUGUAAGACUUUCAUUAGACAGUCUGGGUCAUAAAAAAAAAAAAUCAGUUAGUGAGACUGUGAAACAAAUAAUUAAGAGAGAAGAGACUGAGGUGACAGAACAGAUCCAAACAGCGAUAAAGAAUGAGAAAAUAGUUAAACAACUAACUGAAACAGAAAUACAGGAUGAACAGAUGAACCAUUUGAGGGAGAAAACUGAAAGACACAAACAGGAGCUUGAUGACAGAGUACACAUGACAAAAAGGCAAAUAAGAGAAAUGGAGCUGCUACAAUCAGAAUUGAAAAUAAAGACAAAAGAACUGGAGCGUUUAUUUAGAAAAACCAUGAGAAAAAAGGAGGAAAUUGAAAUAAUGUGGAAUGAAAUACAACGAGAAAAGGAAGCAUUGAGGACCGAGAUCAAAAAGAAAAGAAGAGAAUUAGACCAAAGACUGGAGAUAACUCUGAGAAAAAGGGAUGAACUAGAAAUGUUAAGGGUAAAAUUGAAACGACAGAUGGAAGAGCUGGCUGAGGAGAAGCAGAGAGACCAUAAUCUGUUCAUCCAUCUACCCAAUGAACAUGAAAAACAUUGGGAAAGCAAAGAUGUGAAAAUGUUCAUGGAGAAACUUAAAAACCACAGCUCAAAAGUUUCUCAUUAUAUUAUUUACAUCCAAAACAUAAGAGACAGGGUUAAUUUACACAUGGGAACAAUUAGGACAGAGAUGAAAAUUCUAGAAAAUGUGAAUGCUCAUUUAGAAAAGGACAGGAAGGGAUUCAGAGAAGUUGAGGCUGAAAAUAAGAAUAUAACAAACAAAAUGAGGAGAUUAAAAUAUCAGCUUAAUUUAAUCUUUGGAAGAGUUACCAUACAAGACACUGCAGAGAUGGAUGAAACAAUCAACAUGUGGGAAAAAAUCCAAAGACAAAAACAGAGGCUUGAUAUGAGACUAGAAAGUAUUAAAAGGGAAAGACAAGAGAUCGAAGCUCUGGUGGUUGAGCUGGAGAUGAAGAAAAGAGAAAACCAACGUGUAAUCAAAAGAAGCAUUCAAAAAGAACAGAAGAUAAAAAGAAUAUGGGUUACUUUCAAAGAAGAAAGAACUGCCCUCGUGAGAGAAACAAAGCAGAAAAAGGAGCUUGAACAACGACGAGCGGAGAUCAUCAAACAUCAAGGUAAACAAGAAAAAAAGCAGAAGUUGCAAAAAGGAAAGAAAGGGAUGAAAAGUGAAAUUGAAGACAUGAGGAUGACAGAAAAAAGGAAGCAAAUUAAAAAGCAUUGGGAACUAAUCAACAAAUACUUAGGGGAAUAUAACAAGGUAAUUAAAAACACUCAAAUCAUCAUUGGAAUAAUUCAGAAUGAAAAUAAGCACAUGCAAGACCAAAAGAAUUUCUACAUGACCAGAAGAAAAGAAGUACUGAAUAUGAAAAGCGAGUUAGAUAGGCAAAAGGAAAUUAUACGGUGCGCAUUAAAAAACAUAAAACAAGAGCGAAAACAUGGGGAACAAGUGGAGACAAAAAUCAAGACAGAGCAAGAAAAAAAUGAAAACGGAUGGAAAAAACAAUUUCAGAUAGAAAAAGAUGCCAUUGAUGACUUGAGUGCAGACAAGAGUCAAGACAAAGAAGAUGUUAAAAGAAUGACUGAGAUGUUGAAGAAGAACCAGAAACUUGAAAUGAGAGGCUGUAAAGUCAAAAAAGAAAUUGACAUAUUAAAACAAAAAAAGGAAGACAUAAAAGAGGAAAAGAAAACCAGUGAAAUAAAAGAAACGGGAAAAAAAAUAACGCUUAAGGAUGGUAUGAAAAGGGUUGUAUUACAAGACACAAAACAAGACUUCAUAAAAAAAGAGAUCAAAAAACGAAACCAGGGAAAACAAAAAGUCAACCAGAUGAGAACUAGACGUGACAAUAGAAAAGAACUGUUGUUGAAGGAAAGGAGAAAUAUCAUAGAUGAGCAGAAAGAGAUGGAAAUGAGAGGACACCAAGUCAUGACAGAAAUGAAAUCAAUAGAGAUUCUGAAAGUGAAACUUCAACAACUGAAAGAGGAUAUAAAAGCUAAAACGGACAGAUUACUACAAAAUGUUGACAACAGGUCCAUGCUGCAAACAGUGUUGGAAGAAAAACUUACAACUCAAGACAAACAGAAAGAAAACAUUUGCUAUUUCACUGAAAUGUUAGAGAGGGAAAGGGAAGGUGUGAGAACUAUCCUUUCAGAAAUGAUCACCAAGAGAGAAUGCACAGAAAAAGAAUGGAAGCAGCAGUUUGAACUGGACAAACGAGAUCUUGAUAAACUGAAAGAAGAUCUGAGACAAGACAGAGAAGAUCUGGAGAGAGAAAGUGAGGUGCUGAAUAAAGAGAAAAUGGAUUUGAAGCUGUUGAUGUCUGACAUGAAGAAACAAUUUGAAAUAUUGGAAGAAAAGAGACAAAAUGUAAAAGAAGAGAGAGACUCAAUGGAAAUCAUGAAGCUUGAACUGCUCAAUAAGAUGGAACAUGUAAAAAGGCUGUUAAAUGAGGCAAAUAAAGAAAAAGCCAAUAUUAAAGUUUGUAUCCUUCAGGUUCAAACGGAAAAAGAAAGACUUGAAGACAUUUUAAGCAAGAUUUUCUUAACACAUAGUGAACAAAAAGUCAAGGAAGAUGACCUCAGAAGACAAACAAAAGAACUGGAAAUGAAGAAGAAGCAAUUACAGAGUGAAAGAGAAAAAGUGGAGAGUCUGAUGAGGAAUCUCAACAAGAAGCAAGAAGAGCUUGAACGUGCAAAGGAAAUCAUGAGUGAAGAAAAAGAAGAGGUGAAACAGAUGAAGACUGACAUUGCCAAAGAACGAGAACUGUUGUUGAAGGAAAGGAGAAAUAUGGAAGAAGAGCGGUCUGAGAUGGAAAUGAGAGGAGACCAAGUCAUGGAUGAAAUGAAAUCAAUAGAGAUUCUGAAAGUGAAACUUCAACAACUGAAAGAGGAUAUAAAAGCUAAAACGGACAGAUUACUACAAAAUGUUGACAACAGGUCCAUGCUGCAAACAGUGUUGGAAGAAAAACUUACAACUCAAGACAAACAGAAAGAAAACAUUUGCUAUUUCACUGAAAUGUUAGAGACGGAAAGGGAAGGUGUGAGAACUAUCCUUUCAGACAUGAUCACCAAGAGAGAAUGCACAGAAAAAGAAUGGAAGCAGCAGUUUGAACUGGACAAACGAGAUCUUGAUAAACUGAAAGAAGAUCUGAGACAAGACAGAGAAGAUCUGGAGAGAGAAAGUGAGGUGCUGAAUAAAGAGAAAAUGGAUUUGGAGCUGUUGAUGUCUGACAUGAAGAAACAAUUUGAAAUAUUGGAAGAAAAGAGACAAAAUGUAAAAGAAGAGAGAGACUCAAUGGAAAUCAUGAAGCUUGAACUGCUCAAUAAGAUGGAACAUGUAAAAAGGCUGUUAAAUGAGGCAAAUAAAGAAAAAGCCAAUAUUAAAGUUUGUAUCCUUCAGGUUCAAACGGAAAAAGAAAGACUUGAAGACAUUUUAAGCAAGAUUUUCUUAACACAUAGUGAACAAAAAGUCAAGGAAGAUGACCUCAGAAGACAAACAAAAGAACUGGAAAUGAAGAAGAAGCAAUUACAGAGUGAAAGAGAAAAAGUGGAGAGUCUGAUGAGGAAUCUCAACAAGAAGCAAGAAGAGCUUGAACGUGCAAAGGAAAUCAUGAGUGAAGAAAAAGAAGAGGUGAAACAGAUGAAGACUGACAUUGCCAAAGAACGAGAACUGUUGUUGAAGGAAAGGAGAAAUAUGGAAGAAGAGCGGUCUGAGAUGGAAAUGAGAGGAGACCAAGUCAUGGAUGAAAUGAAAUCAAUAGAGAUUCUGAAAGUGAAACUUCAACAACUGAAAGAGGAUAUAAAAGCUAAAAUGGACAGAUUACUACAAAAUGUUGACAACAGGUCCAUGCUGCAAACAGUGUUGGAAGAAAAACUUACAACUCAAGACAAACAGAAAGAAAACAUUUGCUAUUUCACUGAAAUGUUAGAGACGGAAAGGGAAGGUGUGAGAACUAUCCUUUCAGACAUGAUCACCAAGAGAGAAUGCACAGAAAAAGAAUGGAAGCAGCAGUUUGAACUGGACAAACGAGAUCUUGAUAAACUGAAAGAAGAUCUGAGACAAGACAGAGAAGAUCUGGAGAGAGAAAGUGAGGUGCUGAAUAAAGAGAAAAUGGAUUUGAAGCUGUUGAUGUCUGACAUGAAGAAACAAUUUGAAAUAUUGGAAGAAAAGAGACAAAAUGUAAAAGAAGAGAGAGACUCAAUGGAAAUCAUGAAGCUUGAACUGCUCAAUAAGAUGGAACAUGUAAAAAGGCUGUUAAAUGAGGCAAAUAAAGAAAAAGCCAAUAUUAAAGAUUGUAUCCUUCAGGUUCAAACGGAAAAAGAAAGACUUGAAGACAUUUUAAGCAAGAUUUUCUUAACACAUAGUGAACAAAAAGUCAAGGAAGAUGACCUCAGAAGACAAACAAAAGAACUGGAAAUGAAGAAGAAGCAAUUACAGAGUGAAAGAGAAAAAGUGGAGAGUCUGAUGAGGAAUCUCAACAAGAAGCAAGAAGAGCUUGAACGUGCAAAGGAAAUCAUGAGUGAAGAAAAAGAAGAGGUGAAACAGAUGAAGACUGACAUUGCCAAAGAACGAGAACUGUUGUUGAAGGAAAGGAGAAAUAUGGAAGAAGAGCGGUCUGAGAUGGAAAUGAGAGGAGACCAAGUCAUGGAUGAAAUGAAAUCAAUAGAGAUUCUGAAAGUGAAACUUCAACAACUGAAAGAGGAUAUAAAAGCUAAAACGGACAGAUUACUACAAAAUGUUGACAACAGGUUCAUGCUGCAAACAGUGUUGGAAGAAAAACUUACAACUCAAGACAAACAGAAAGAAAACAUUUGCUAUUUCACUGAAAUGUUAGAGAGGGAAAGGGAAGGUGUGAGAACUAUCCUUUCAGACAUGAUCACCAAGAGAGAAUGCACAGAAAAAGAAUGGAAGCAGCAGUUUGAACUGGACAAACGAGAUCUUGAUAAACUGAAAGAAGAUCUGAGACAAGACAGAGAAGAUCUGGAGAGAGAAAGUGAGGUGCUGAAUAAAGAGAAAAUGGAUUUGAAGCUGUUGAUGUCUGACAUGAAGAAACAAUUUGAAAUAUUGGAAGAAAAGAGACAAAAUGUAAAAGAAGAGAGAGACUCAAUGGAAAUCAUGAAGCUUGAACUGCUCAAUAAGAUGGAACAUGUAAAAAGGCUGUUAAAUGAGGCAAAUAAAGAAAAAGCCAAUAUUAAAGUUUGUAUCCUUCAGGUUCAAACGGAAAAAGAAAGACUUGAAGACAUUUUAAGCAAGAUUUUCUUAACACAUAGUGAACAAAAAGUCAAGGAAGAUGACCUCAGAAGACAAACAAAAGAACUGGAAAUGAAGAAGAAGCAAUUACAGAGUGAAAGAGAAAAAGUGGAGAGUCUGAUGAGGAAUCUCAACAAGAAGCAAGAAGAGCUUGAACGUGCAAAGGAAAUCAUGAGUGAAGAAAAAGAAGAGGUGAAACAGAUGAAGACUGACAUUGCCAAAGAACGAGAACUGUUGUUGAAGGAAAGGAGAAAUAUGGAAGAAGAGCGGUCUGAGAUGGAAAUGAGAGGAGACCAAGUCAUGGAUGAAAUGAAAUCAAUAGAGAUUCUGAAAGUGAAACUUCAACAACUGAAAGAGGAUAUAAAAGCUAAAACGGACAGAUUACUACAAAAUGUUGACAACAGGUCCAUGCUGCAAACAGUGUUGGAAGAAAAACUUACAACUCAAGACAAACAGAAAGAAAACAUUUGCUAUUUCACUGAAAUGUUAGAGACGGAAAGGGAAGGUGUGAGAACUAUCCUUUCAGACAUGAUCACCAAGAGAGAAUGCACAGAAAAAGAAUGGAAGCAGCAGUUUGAACUGGACAAACGAGAUCUUGAUAAACUGAAAGAAGAUCUGAGACAAGACAGAGAAGAUCUGGAGAGAGAAAGUGAGGUGCUGAAUAAAGAGAAAAUGGAUUUGGAGCUGUUGAUGUCUGACAUGAAGAAACAAUUUGAAAUAUUGGAAGAAAAGAGACAAAAUGUAAAAGAAGAGAGAGACUCAAUGGAAAUCAUGAAGCUUGAACUGCUCAAUAAGAUGGAACAUGUAAAAAGGCUGUUAAAUGAGGCAAAUAAAGAAAAAGCCAAUAUUAAAGUUGUAUCCUUCAGGUUCAAACGGAAAAAGAAAGACUUGAAGACAUUUUAAGCAAGAUUUUCUUAACACAUAGUGAACAAAAAGUCAAGGAAGAUGACCUCAGAAGACAAACAAAAGAACUGGAAAUGAAGAAGAAGCAAUUACAGAGUGAAAGAGAAAAAGUGGAGAGUCUGAUGAGGAAUCUCAACAA